UGGACAUGCUCAUCUCUUUUCUUAAAAAAAAAAAAAUUUUUUUGCCUGAAGCUUUGAAAGCGAUUCCGAGGACGAGUGUUAGUUAGUCGGUAAUGCUGACGAUCCAAGUUGAGUUUUUUUUUUUUUUUUUGUCUUGUGCUUUCUAGAUGCCUUAAUGAGCAAUUCUGAGUUGAUCGUUUCUGGGUUGAGUAGAAGAGUGGAGAGUGCUAACUUAUCUAUUGGCAGUUAUGAUUUAGGUUUUCAUCUUUGCAAAUUUUGGUUUAGGCUGGAGCAGACGAACAAAUGAUUACGCAUCAACUUUGCUGGGAAACUGAAUUGAAUUCUUGGAGCCCGAACGAAGUUCUGCUCUUAUCGUCUCUCUGGACGGAAUUUCGAAGCAGUCUUCCAUGAUCAAAAAAUGAAAAAAAAGUUAUGAUAUGUGCUGCUUUUCUUCCAUGACUUCGCUAUGUAUGAUAUGUCUGAUGCAGGCAAAGAGAGGGUCUGUCAUGGGCGCAUUGGACAGGAUCAGUGGACUGCUGGGACAUUUGACGGACCAGAUACUGUCGUACUUGCCCCUCAAGCAUUAUGUGGUAAGAAGAGCUAGCCUACUCUCAAGCGAGUUCAGAUACGCAGGGACUACAUCGGACAGGAUCAGUGAUCUGCCCAGACAUUUGACAGACCAGAUACUGUCGUGCUUGCCCCUCAAGGAUGCUGUGAGAACUAGCGUACUCUCAAGCAAGCGGAGAUACACAUGGACUACGAUCCCAGGACUUGUAUUUGAUGAUAGCUGCAGUGCUCAGUCUCCUUCCGGGACUCUGUCGUCCACAUAUAGGUUGGUGGACAUUGUCGACCGGGUCCUGUCGUCUCACACGGGCACCAUAGAAAAGUUUGGGGUCCUUUGUGAAACACUUAUAGACAUCAGCGAUGUGGACCGCUGGCUUUUGCAUCUGUGGAGGGCUUCCACGAAAGAACUAAGGCUGAGAUUUGUCAAUUUGCAAGGAUACGAGAUGCCCUCUAGUCUUUUCCUUUGCCACGAUUUGGUGAACUUGGACCUUGCCUUUUGUUCUUUAAAGCCUCCACCAGCAUUUAAAGGCUUCAAGAACAUGACAAUCUUGAAGCUUUAUGUAGUGAAGAUGUCCCGAUACGAGAUUGAAAGUCUCAUCAAAGGCUCUCCACUGCUGCAGACAUUGAUGCUGGCGCCAAAUGCUCGUGAUAUAUUUUGUCUCAGUAUCGAUGCGCCGAAUCUUCGACACCUCGAGCUCUUUGGCUGUGGAUUAGAAGCAGUCAGUUUUGGUGGCCAUCGCUUGACAUCACUGAUGGUAGCUUCUUUUACAUUGCGUUGGUGUGGAGAAAAUCAAGAUGCAAACCGUAGCUAUUUGCUUGAAUUCUUUGACCAGCUGCCGCAGAUUGAAAGGCUUUCUAUUAAUAGCUGGUUCCUGAGGUAUUUGUCUUUCGGCAAGGUGCCAGAAAUCUUACCUGAUCCAUGCAUUCGUCUCCAAUGCAUCUCCAUCAACAUGGACAUUCGUAGCUUAGCAGAGAUAACAACUGUUUUGUGCAUCCUAAAGGGUUCUCCAAAUCUGAAGGAGCUGCAUCUUUCGGGAAAAGAAUUCGAUUUCUCUGAAGACAGAGAGCUGAACGGAAACUUCUGGGAUGAUUACAGUUCACCUUGCUCGUUCGAGAACUUAAAGGUUGUAUCACUUAUUAGUUUGCCGCAUACAAGACAAAUCAUGGGUUUCAUCUGGUUUCUCCUUUCACAUUCACCAGCGCUUGAGAGGAUGGAGGUUUGGUCUUAUCCUAGUCAUGGGACAGAGAGCUGCGAGUUGCUGCUACAAGAGUGCGUCCAAUUUCCUCGAGCUUCUGCUCGAGCUGAUGUUGUUUUCAUGGGAUGUCUCAAAGCAGCCCCUCGGCAGCUUCCUGUAUGGGAUUAGACUUUUCAGCUUUGACUGCCCUAAGUAGUGUGCACAGGUUCGACAAGUUCAUCCUUAUUCUGAGUGCUUUUGGAGCUGCAAUGGAGGAUCAAAUGAGCCUCCAUGUGGGCUGAAAUCACACAACUGGAUCUUAGUGACCGUGUAAAUUUGUUCCAACACUGAUCACCUCAAUCCGUGGCCAGUGGAAGAUUCUGGUUUUUGAACUGCUGCAACACAAGGUUGCUGCAGAAUCACGAAUACGUGUAGCGUCAACCUCAUUAUUCCUGUUAUUGAUCAAUUAGCUAGUAUUGCAAGUCGAUACAACUUUCUAAACUAUGUUUUUGAUGGAUUACUUUGUAUUGAACUACCGCCGAUUGAUUGGAUUGAUAAGA